AUGGAUGAUCUAGAGGAAGGCAUCCAGGACGCGACACAAGAAACCACUGAUCCAUCUAUAGUCUCUUUGGAAAUCCCUUCCAAGGCUGAGAUGUGGGUCAUUGAUGCAAUCUCCCGCCUGGGCACUAAUGAAUUUGUGGACCACAACAAGAUUCCCAAGUUGGAUGGGCAGCAAGAUACUCAUGAACAGUUCAUUGGCAAGUCUAAUAAAGAGCUAAAGAAGUUGGCAAGGGAAGGGCAUUGGGCUAGAAGUCAUGCCCUAAGGGCACAGGCUUACCAGCACAUUAUCCAGCACAUACCAUGUCGGCUUAUGACCCCUGAUGCCUCAGUCUACAGGGAUGUUGCUGGCAAGCUGUUUGAACACCACAGUGACAACUUUCACCCCUUGCCUGAAUUCCUAGUAGGGAGCAUCAUGCCUGAAUACUGCCUCACUUCAGAAGGGACUACUGCUAUGAAAAAGAUCCUCACCUGCAUUGCCAGCUUGUCCCCAGACAUCACCUACUGUCCCCUGCUUCCAGCUGUGGUGGCCCUGCUGCUUCAUUACAACCCAGAAGAAGCCCAAUGCUUUGAGAAUACCUGCCGACUCCUCCACUGCAAUGCUUCCCAUACCUCCUACAUAUACAGCUCCUUCCUGAGUCACAAGGCCUCAUGCAUGACAUUUGGAGACCUAGCCAACAAGCACUGCCCAGCUGCUCACCGACUCAUAGCCAGCUCAACAGACAACAUUUUUGAGGUGUAUUCUGAGUGGUUGGUAUGGCUGUUUGAUGACCUUCCAUUUGAUUAUGUCAUCCGCAUAUUUGAUGUGUAUCUUCUGGAGGGGCAGAAGGUCCUCUACCGCAUUGCUCUGGCCUUGCUGAAGCAAUACCAGGUCUCAGUAAGUUCUAAAGGACUGGAGGUGACUGACAUCAAGGGGAGCUUGCAGGCUUUCAUGUGGGACAUCCAUGAGCACAUGACUGCGGAAAAGCUUUUAGAGAAGGCAUUUGCCAUCCGGCUGUUCUCUCGCAAAGAAAUCUGGCUCCUUCAUAUGGCUAACAGGAAGGCCCUAGUGGAGAAAGGAGUAACCAUGGUGCAGCACAGGCAAUCAUUCCACCUUACUGUGAACACCCAUAAUUUCACUUCUGCUAUUGUCACUGCUCAGGUGAUGCGCAUUGUGUGGUCCUGGAUCCCUGAACGUUUCUCUUUGUUCUCACCUGUUCUCUUAUUCUCAACUUCUAAAGAUGGGUACAGCUUGAAAAGGUUUUAUUUAUGCUGUGAAGGUUACGAACCAACAGUACUGCUGCUAAAAACCACAUUUGGGGAAGUGUGUGGAGCAUUUCUCUCCUCAGACUGGAGUGAAAGGAAGAAAAGCGGGGCAGCAUCAAGGUUCUUUGGUACAGGAGAGUGUUUUGUUUUCACAGUGCACCCUGAAAUGGAGCGAUAUGAGUGGGUGUUCAUCAAGAAGCCAGAACAGGCCAAAGCCAUGCCUCAUUCCCCACGCCAGCGUUCUCCAUCUCCCUUCUCUCCUGAAGAUCACACAACCAGCUCGAACUACCUCACUGUGCCAAAGUUAGACUUGAUUAAAUACCGCCUCUCUCCAUUCCUGGCAGUUAGACACUUCAAGUUGCCUUCCAAAACAGCCUCCAUGUUCAUGUCUGGGACUCGGGAAGGAAUUGUCAUUGGUGGUGGGGGAGGCCAGGCUCUGUUUAUUGAUGCUGAUCUGCACCACGGGAGGACAGAGCACUGUGAAACAUUUGAUAACCCUCCUCUCUGCCAAGAAAACUUUCAGGUACAGCUCUUAGAAGUCUGGGGGUUUCAAAAUUCCUGA